AUGCUCAGGCGUCCAAAAGGCUCAGUCGACUUGAUCAAAUUCUCCUAUGUCGCUGAUGAUGGCUUUCUCAAUCAUCCCCUCUCCUUCUCCCCCAAAAUGUCGACGAUGGAGAAGCAGACUCAAAGCCAUGCUACCCCCAGGUUCCUCCCACAGCGGCAUCACUCCUUGCCCAAUGGCCUCGCUGAUACCACCCAAAGUUCUUUGACACCCUACAUAAAGCCCUUCGCUGGACGCCUCGGCGGAGUGCAGGAUUUUGUGCUUGAUCGGUCUGACCCAGCCAAUGCCUCCAUUCUCCAGGAAACCCCUGAUGCAGCUCCUCUCAUGUCCCUUCGUGAGACCUUCUCACUCCGAGGUUUUCGUUCCCGGGACAUGUGGGAAGCCGCAGUGAUAGAGGGCCUUGGCAGUAUGUUGCUGGUCUAUCUAACGACAUGGAUAGCUGCCCAUCCCGCUGGUCCACCUGUGGCUCCAGAUUCGUUGGCGGGAGUGUACUCGACAUCCGCUUUCUUUGGACCACUCAUCGGUGGGUUGACCAACUGGAUCAUCCUGACGGUCUUCAUUUACAGCUUUUCGAGCGUGAGCGGCGCGCAUCUCAAUCCAACGAUUAGUAUCGCGACCUUUCUUGCCCGAUUGACGAGCUUACCUAGGAUGGUUUUGUAUGUCGCCUUCCAGACCGCCGGGGGCGCUUUGGCUGGGUUGAUGCUGCGAGCCUCCUAUGGGUCGAGGCAUUUUGAUGUUGGGGGCUGUAGUGUGGACGACGCGGUCGUUUCUGUAGGCGAAGCGUUCUCAAUUGAGUUUAUGAGUACCUUGAUUUUGUUGUUUCUGGCAUUCGGAGUCGGAUUGGAUCCUAGACAGAAACAGAUCUUUGGGCCAGCCCUGGCACCGGCCCUCGUAGGCCUGGUACUUGGUGUCAUCAGCUUUGGAACAGCUUUCACGAAACCUGGCUACGGAGGUGCUUGUAAGUUUUUCAAAUCCCUCUCGCCAACCCCAGUCAUAGCCAUGGCGCGCAUUCUCGUAAAAGAGAAGCUAUUGACAAAUCUUUUUCAUCCAGCAAUGAACCCUGCCCGUUGCCUCGCCGUAUAUGUCGGUACAAGAUUUCCUGGUUAUCAUUGGAUACAUUGGGUAUGA